AUGAAUCACGAGGACCAAACAGUUGUGGGUAGAUGGGGGUGUGACGCUCCCACCCUGUCUGACGAAGAAGCAUCAGCAGAGGUGGAGACACCACCUCAAGAGGAGCCAGCCGAGGUGGACCCAUCACCUCAAGAGGAGCCAGCCGAGGUGGACCCAUCACCUCAAGAGGAGCCAGCCGAGGUGGGCCCAUCACCUCAAGAGGAGCCAGCCGAGGUGGACCUACCACCUCCAGAAGCACCAGCAGAGGUGGAGCCACCACCUCAAGAGGAGUCAGCCGAGGUGGACCCAUCACCUCAAGAGGAGCCAGCCGAGGUGGGCCCAUCACCUCAAGGGGAGCCAGCCGAGGUGGGCCCAUCACCUCAACGGGAGCCAGCCGAGGUGGGCCCAUCACCUCAAGAGGAGCCAGCCGAGGUGGGGCUACCACCCCAAGAGGAGCCAGCCGAGGUGGGCCCAUCACCUCAAGAGGAGCCAGCCGAGGUGGACCCAUCACCUCAAGAGGAGCCAGCCGAGGUGGAGCUACCACCCCAAGAGGAGCCAGCCGAGGUGGGGCUACCACCUCAAGAGGAGCCAGCCGAGGUGGGCCCGCCACCUCAUGAGGAGUCCGUCGAGGUGGGUGUGUCGCCUCGGGAAGAGGACCUGGGGGAGGUAAGUGUGUCUCCACCGGCGGCGGCGAGGUCGUCACUCCAGUCGGAGGAUUCCCUGCCCGAUAUCCCCCCUUUCUGUUUUCCCAGGCCGAUAGACUCAGAGGAGGGCUCUCCCCCUCCAGGGUUCUUACCCCGGGGGAGAGGACGGGGGAUCUUGGGGGCAUGGGAGCAUGGGAAAGGGGAAAGUUGCCCACAUUCGGGUUUCUCAUUUCCUGUCCGGGACUGUCCAGGCCUGGUCAGUCCAGGUUUCUGCCGGGACUGUUAG